AUGGAUACAAAUAAUAUAUAUGAUUCAUCUAAUAAAAUUGCAUUAUCAUAUCAAUCAUCAACAUCAAUUCUACCUUUGUCAACAACAGAAGAAAAUGAAUUUAUUAAUCGUAAUCAAUUUCGUUUAGCAUUUGUAUUUAGUGGUUUAUGGCUUUCAUAUUGUUGGUGGCUUUCAGAACGAUAUCGUUUUGAUUUUGGUCGAUAUACAACAAUCAUACGUCUUCUAUUUUGUGUUUUACAUGUUUUAACUGUAUGGAAAUUCUUUCAAUAUAUUAUCAAACUUGCUUUUCGAUUAUAUCGUUUAACUAGACGAAUACGAGCUAAUUUACCACGUCAUUUAACACUUAUAGGAUUAUCUCUACUUUUAUUUGCAUUAUUAACAUUUGUUCUUAAUUUCAAAGAAUUUUUACGAGAAGCUUUUGCAAUCGUCGAUCAAUAA